AUGAAGAACUUCACCUUCACCCGCAUCGUCGGCCUCCUGGCCAUGCUCACCGGCAUCGUCGUCGCCACUGACCUGCAGGACAAGCGCGACUAUGUCACUACCGAGACUUACAGCAAUGGUGGCGUUUCGACCUACACUCUGAACGGCCUCACCACCACCAUCAUCAUCGGCGCCUCCGUUGAGGGCGAGCAGCCUGUCACUCCCGCCGCUGCCGUCCCCACUGACUCUGCCGACGACUUUCCCCACGACAAGUGGACCUACACCAUGGUUCAGGAUCCCACCACUCUCACUGUCACCCAGCAGGCCAGAACUUUCACUGAUUUCCUUGGUCACACCAAGGAGGUCCCCGCUGCCACUGUCACCGAGACCUUCCCUGCCAUUACUUACACCACGGUCAUCACUCCCCUGGUUGAUCCCACCCCUCCCAGCAACGAGAAGCGUGAUUACACCACCACUUCCUUCUGGACCGAGACCGUCACCGAGACUCUCUCUGUUCCCGCCGUCACCUUCAGUCUCACGACCACCACUGAGACCUUGCCUCCUCAGACCUACACCAACACCUGGACUCGAAUCGUCACUACUCACAUCACCGUUAUCGAGCCCACCCCGACCACCCUCAACACUGUUGUCACUCAGACUGUGACCAACUAA